AAAAAACAAUUGAAUAGUUAUUUUUAUUUUAAUCUAAAAUUAUAUAAUGUCAUUUUGACAGCUAAAAAAACUUAUUUGGAAUUUAUUUUUUUAAAUUAUUGUUAAAAAAUUAAAUUUAUUUUUGAUAUGACAAAUUUUUUGUAAAUAUAUUUUAUAUUAAUUCUCGUUUUAUAAUAAAUCAAAAUCUUCAAGUUAAUAAUUAGUUGAAUAAUUAAAAUAAUUAUAAAUAAUCAUGAGCAAACAAAGAGAAUGCAUCAGUAUUCAUAUUGGUCAAGCUGGUGUACAAAUGGGUUCAACAUGCUGGGAAUUGUAUUGUCUGGAGCAUAAAAUUCAACCAAAUGGACAAAUUGAAGAUAAUCGUGAACCAGAAUUAGAUGAUGAUGGUAUUGAAACAUUUUUUGUUCAUCCAUCAACUGGAAAAUUUGUUCCACGUGCAAUAAUGGUUGAUUUGGAACCAUCUGUUAUUUCUGAAUUUAGAAAUUCAAAACAUCAAGGUUUAUUUCAUCCUGAUCAAUUGAUAUCUGGCAAAGAAGAUGCAGCAAAUAAUUUUGCACGUGGUUAUUAUACUGUUGGUCAAAAAUUACUUGAAAAAGUUUACGAAAAAAUAAGAAUCAUUGCUGAAAAUUGUCAUGGACUGAUGGGUUUUUUAAUAUUUCAUUCACUUGGUGGAGGAACUGGUUCAGGUUUUUAUUCAUUAUUAAUGGAAACACUUUGUCGUCAAUAUCCUAAAAAAAGUAUUCUUGAAUUUACAAUAUCACCAUCACCAACAAUAAGUACAGCUGUUGUUGAACCAUACAAUGCAAUAUUAUCAACAUCAUCAACACUUGAUGAUUCAAUAUGUUCAUUUAUGGUUGACAAUGAAGCACUUUAUGAUGUUUGUCGUCGUAAAUUAGGUCUAGAUCGUCCAAAUUAUUCAAGUUUAAAUCGUCUUAUAAGCCAAGUUGUUUCAUCAAUAACAGCAAGCAUGAGAUUUAAUGGAGCAUUAAAUGUUGAUUUAUCAGAAUUUCAAACAAAUUUAGUACCAUAUCCAAGAAUACAUUUUCCCAUUUGUGCAUAUGCACCUGUAUCAAGUACAGCUCAAGUUGAUCACAACACAAUGACUGUUGCUGAAUUAACAACUGAAUGUUUUGAACCAAAUAAUUUGUUAGCUAAAUGUGACACAAUGUCUGGAAAAUACAUGGCAUGCUGUUUGUUGUAUCGAGGUGAUGUUGUUCCAAAAGACGUUAAUUUUGCAAUAGCAUAUAUUAAACAAAAAAAAUCAAUUCAAUUUGUUGACUGGUCACCAACUGGUUUCAAGGUUGGUAUAAAUUGUCAGCCACCAACAGCAAUACCAAAUGGUGAAAUAGCACAAGUACAAAGAGCUGUUGCAAUGCUCAGUAAUACAACAGCAAUUGUUGAUGUUUGGUCACGAUUAAAUCGUCAAUUUAAUUUAAUGUAUAAAAAACGUGCUUUUGUACAUUGGUAUCAGAGUGAAGGAAUGGAGCUUGAUGAAUUUGGUGAAGCUAGAGAAAAUCUUUCAGCUCUUGAACUUGAUUAUUCCGAAAUUUAUCAAAAUCUUGAGGAAGAAAUUGAUGAGGAAGAAAUUUAAGCAUUAUUUUUUUUAUUUUAAUUAUUUUUUUUAAUAGCAU